GACAGAUGUCAAUGACAGUUUGACACGAGCCGGUUGUUUGGCUUGUAAGCCAAAAUUCAUUACUUUAUUUUGCUAUUUUUCAUGUUUUAAUUCGAAUUAGUGAUAAUCCAAGCAAUUGUGUUCAAAAAAUAGUGAUUUCCUUUUUCCAAGAUGGCUUUGGUGUGUGCCAUUUCCAAUGAAGUGCCAGAGCACCCCGUGGUCUCCCCCUCAUCUGGGGCCGUAUUCGAAAAGCGAAUCAUCGAAAAGUACAUACAAGAAAACGGAGUGGACCCCAUAAGUGGCAAGGAACUACACGUAGAAGAGCUAAUCGAUAUAAAAACCCCCCCGAUAGUGAAACCGAAACCCCCCAGUGCCACAAGCAUUCCGGCCACCCUAAAACUUCUGCAAGACGAAUGGGACGCUGUGAUGCUCUACAGUUUCACUCAGCGACAGCAGUUGCAGACUGCGAGACAGGAAUUGAGCCACGCCCUGUAUCAACACGACGCGGCCUGUAGGGUGAUCGCGAGGUUAAAUAAGGAGGUGACGGCGGCCAGAGAAGCCCUGGCCACCCUGAAACCGCAAGCGGGCGUCACGGUGGUACCGCAACCGGCGGUGGCGGCCGAGCCGUCGGGCGUGGCCGCCCAACCGGUAGAACAGGCCGGAAUGAGUGCCGAGGUGAUACAGAAGUUACAAGAGAAGGCCACAAUAUUGACCCAGGAGAGGAAGAAACGAGGCAAAACGGUUCCGGAGGAGUUGGCCACGCAUGAGAACAUUCGAAGCUUUAAAACCCUCGCCUCCCUUAUUGGUCUCCACUCGGCCAGUAUUCCUGGAAUUUUGGCUCUGGAUGUGCACCGCAGUGACACCAGCAAGGUCCUUACGGGAGGAAACGACAAGAAUGCCAUAGUGUUCAACAAGGACUCGGAACAAGUGGUGGCCAUCUUGAAAGGUCACACCAAGAAGGUCACCAAGGUCAUUUACCAUAGCAACGAGGAUAUAGUGUUGACCGCCUCCCCGGAUUCUUCUAUUAGGGUGUGGCACGUGCCCACCUCCCAGACCACUUUGUUGCUGCGUUGCCACGACGGGCCUGUUACAGGGUUGUCGCUUCAUCCCACCGGGGAUUAUGUACUGAGCACCUCGGAGGAUCAGCAUUGGGCCUUUUCGGAUAUUAACACUGGACGGUUGCUUACUAAAGUAUCGGACAAUACGAACGUGCCGUUGACCACCGCCCAACUGCACCCCGACGGUUUGAUCUUCGGCACCGGCACCGCCGACUCGCAAGUGAAAAUUUGGGACUUGAAGGAGCAGAGCAACGUUGCCAACUUUACCGGUCACUCGGGUGCGAUAACGACGAUCUCGUUCUCGGAAAACGGUUACUACUUGGCAACGGCGGCAGACGACGCCUGCGUGAAACUGUGGGACUUACGGAAGCUGAAGAAUUUCAAAACGUUACAACUGGACGAGGGCUAUCAGAUCAGGGAUUUGUGUUUCGAUCAGAGCGGCACGUAUUUAGCGGUCGCCGGUACCGACGUCAGGGUCUACUUAUGUAAACAGUGGCAAGAGUUGAAGGUGUUUAACGAUCAUACGGCUGCAGCGACCGGAGUGAGAUUUGGCAAACACGCGCGAUUCAUCGCCUCCACCUCGAUGGACCGGACUUUGAAAUUGUACGGACUCGAUUAAUUGUUUUUUGUUUUUGUACAUUUAAGUUCCAGUUUGACGAGUUAAUUAAGUUCUUUUAGUAUAUUAGUGAUUUAAUGAUAUAUAAAGAAAAAUAUGAUAGAAGGGGCUAGGUAGUCACUUGUUUUGUCGUAUAUGUAACCUCGGAAAUUCUAUGUAAUAAAAUGAUAAUUUAAUAUUAAAA